CAUGCUCUGCAUUUUCUGCCAAUCUCCUUUACUGGCAGAAUAUCCUUGAAUCUUGCGUGCGUUUCAGUCACUUUUUUUCUGUUUGAGAUUGUAUAUACUCUACUUAAGAUCGAAAGUAGCCAAAAUGUUUUCAAGCUUUUAGCUGAUAAUAUAAUUAUAUACUUGAACAUCGGCAUUAAUUCACUAUGGCAGAAAAUACAGAGUCUAAAGAUGAGGGUGUGUCUGCGAAAUCAGAGCAGGAAUUAGUCAAACUCUGCAAGCGGCGUUUAGAGAAUUGGCGUGAAAUCCUUACUCAUCUGAAUGCUUUGAUGAUGUGGGAAAAACCGUACUAUCCUGGAAUCAUUGCUGGAUUUGUAACUUUUAUAUUUAUAAUGUUGUGGUAUUUUGAUCCUUCAGUUUUAACAACAUUGUCCAUAUUCUGCAUAAUUGCGUGUGUUUUGGAUUAUGUCGUUCCUAUACUUAGCUCCAGUGUUUUUGAUUCUAGUAAGUGGACAGGAACUUGUGAGCGCAAGUAUGAAGAGAUCUGCCAGAGUAUGGUAAAUGGAUAUUUAAAAAUGAGAUCUGUGUGGGAAACAGUUCGCCAAGUUAAGGAGACAAAACCCUAUCUUUAUUUCAUAGGUGUUCUAGGGACACUCAUUGCAACUGCAUGGAUUGGCAAUUUGAUAAAUAACCUUUUCCUUACUUAUUUGAUUGUUCUCUUCAUGUCACUGAUGCCUGGUAUCAAAUCUCAUAAUUUAGUCCAGCAAUACAUGUCAAAGGUGAUGUCAGUGGUUCGUGGAAUUACAGGCCAGUCAAAGAAGAAGAAAUGAUUUUUUUGUUGGAUAUCAGUUUGCUUCUGUAGCAAGCACAAGAUUUUUAUUUCAUUCUCAUAUGAAUUUUAUUGCUCAGAUAUUCUGCAAGGAACAAGUCUUUGUACUAGAUUUGUAGUCACAAAUAGUGAGAGUUUCAUUUUUAUGUAUUAUAGCUGAUGCACUGAUCAUCAUUGUGAUUAUAAAAAUUGUAUACAAAUGGAGAGUAAUGCCAAAUAUUUGCUGAAUCGCUGUCUGUGAAAAUUCAGGAGUUUAUUCUUUGAACUGUGGAACUUUUUGCAUGAGCAUUAAAAGCAUUACAGUAUUUUGCAUCACAACUCAAUGUAUAUUUAUAUCUUCAGCUUUCAUUGACAAAUAAAAAUUAAUGUAAACAGCCAUUUUCAAAUUCAUUUCAUAAAAUUAUAUUGCUUUGCUCCA